UCGAUAUUCUAUCCUGCCGCGUUUGUUGCGACUCCUGCUGCUACAGUCCUGCUUGCACGAGACAACAUUGCACGACGAUUGCAGAUGUGUCUAUGAUGGAGUGGAUAACACGAUGGCUUUUAGUGCUUUCGUUAAUGAAAUUUUCAAACAGUCUUCCCGAUGAGAUCCCGAUAGGAGGAUUGUUCCAUCCUGCAGAUGACAAACAAGAAAUAGCUUUUCGAUAUGCGGUUGAAAAAAUAAAUAGUGACAGAGCUAUUUUACCGCGAUCGAAACUGAGCGCACAAAUUGAAAAGAUCCCUCCUCAAGACAGCUUUCACGCAUCCAAAAAAGUUUGCCAUCUACUAAGGAGCGGAGUGGCUGCCAUCUUCGGGCCCCAGUCAGCACACACUGCCAGUCACGUGCAGUCGAUAUGUGACACAAUGGAGAUUCCACACUUGGAAACACGAUGGGACUACAGACUCCGGCGGGAAAGCUGUCUUGUGAAUCUUUAUCCCCAUCCGACGACGCUUUCAAAGGCAUACGUCGAUUUAGUGAAGGCUUGGGGUUGGAAAUCCUUCACGAUUAUCUACGAGAAUAAUGAGGGCCUGGUACGUCUGCAGGAACUUCUGAAGGCUCACGGACCCUACGAGUUUCCCAUCACUGUUCGUCAGCUGGGUGAAGGAAAUGACUACAGGCCCCUGCUGAAACAGAUCAAGAACUCGGCCGAGUCGCACAUCGUGCUGGAUUGUUCGACCCAAAGGAUUUACGAUGUACUGAAGCAGGCGCAACAGAUUGGUAUGAUGAGCGACUAUCACAGCUACCUGAUAACUUCCUUAGAUUUGCAUGGCGUGGAUCUUGAGGAGUUCAAGUACGGUGGCACGAACAUCACGGCGUUCCGUCUCGUGGACCCUGACGGACCGGAAGUGAGGAGCAUCGUCAAAGAUUGGAACAUCGGGCUGGACGUAAAAAACAAAAAGGCGUCCGAGAUAGCACCCAUUUACAGGGAUAAUAACACAUUUGUGAAGGCGGAGACGGCCUUAAUGUAUGAUGCGGUUCAUUUAUUCGCCAAAGCCCUCCACGACCUGGAUACCAGCCAGCAAAUUGAUAUCAAGCCGCUCAGUUGCGACGCCGUAGAUUUUUGGCCUCACGGCUACAGUCUCAUUAACUACAUGAAGGUGGUGGAAAUGAGGGGGCUAACUGGCGUAAUCAAAUUCGACCAUCAAGGCUUCAGGAGCGAUUUCGUCUUGGAUAUAAUCGAACUAAGUCGGGAAGGUCUUAAGAAAAUUGGCACGUGGAAUUCGACGGAAGGAGUUAAUUUCACGAGGACUUACGGCGAGGCUUACACUCAAAUUGUUGAAAUUAUUCAAAACAAGACCUUCGUAGUCACUACUAUACUGAGCGCCCCGUACGUAAUGCGCAAGGAGGCAAGCGAGAAAUUGACCGGCAAUGCCCAGUUCGAAGGCUACGCAGUCGAUCUGAUCCACGAGAUAUCCCGUGUUCUCGGAUUUAACUACACGAUUCGCCUGACACCAGAUGGUCAAUACGGAUCACAGAAUAGGGACACGAAAGAAUGGAACGGCAUGAUUGGAGAGCUGCUCAACCAGAAGGCCGACUUGGCGAUAGCCGAUCUGACCAUUACUUAUGAACGGGAACAGGCGGUGGACUUCACCAUGCCAUUUAUGAACUUGGGCAUUAGCAUCCUUUAUAGGAAGCCCAUCAAGCAGCCGCCUAAUCUAUUUUCAUUCCUGUCGCCACUUUCGUUGGACGUGUGGAUCUACAUGGCGACCGCCUAUUUGGGAGUUUCUGUCCUACUCUUCAUCCUUGCAAGGUUCAGCCCUUACGAAUGGGACAACCCGCACCCAUGCAACAAUGAACCAGACGUACUGGAGAACCAGUUUACACUGUUAAAUUCAUUGUGGUUCACCAUUGGCUCUCUGAUGCAGCAAGGCUCCGACAUUGCACCAAAGGCUGUUUCCACACGAAUGGUCGCCGGCAUGUGGUGGUUCUUCACACUGAUAAUGAUAUCAUCGUACACAGCCAACCUGGCAGCGUUCCUCACGGUCGAGAGGAUGGAUUCGCCUAUCGAAAGCGCCGACGAUCUGGCCAAGCAGACGAAAAUUAAAUACGGAGCAUUGCGAGGCGGUUCCACUGCGGCAUUCUUCAGGGACUCAAAUUUCUCGACAUAUCAACGAAUGUGGGCCUUUAUGGAAUCUCAAAGGCCGUCGGUGUUUGCCAGCACCAACAUCGAAGGAGUUGAACAGGUAGUAAAAGGAAAAGGCAGUUACGCUUAUCUGAUGGAGUCCACGUCCAUUGAAUAUGUAAUAGAAAGAAACUGUGAGCUCACCCAAGUUGGAGGCAUGCUCGACUCCAAAGGCUACGGAAUUGCCAUGCCACCAAAUUCCCCAUUCAGGACAGCAAUUAGCGGAGCAAUUUUAAAAUUACAGGAGGAAGGAAAGCUGCACAUACUUAAAACUAGGUGGUGGAAAGAGAAACGUGGAGGUGGCGCUUGUAGGGAUGAAACUACAAAGACUAGCAGUACAGCGAACGAGCUCGGUCUUGCGAAUGUUGGCGGCGUGUUCGUCGUCCUUAUGGGCGGCAUGGGUGUUGCAUGUGUCAUCGCUGUGUGCGAGUUUGUCUGGAAAUCGCGGAAGGUCGCCGUCGAGGAACGGCGGUCGCUGUGUGCUGAAAUGGCAUCAGAAUUAAGAUUUGCUCUUCGUUGUCAAGGUUCCACAAAACCCUUAAGACAAAAAAACCGUUCCUCUGGCGGUUCAGGCUUGGAGGAUGGUCGUUUCCACCCUCCGGGAUCUUAUACAUCUUACGGGUUCGUCAGCAAAGAGCCACCCUCUUAAGUACAGUGUACUGUGACGCAAUGAUUUUGCAAUUGUGUUUCUGAAUGACUUUGCACCAGUGCUACUUGUUUUAUUAUUGUUAUUAAUUUAUAUGGUUCAAAUUCAGCAUAUUGAUUUUAUGACUGACCGAGUCUAUCAUUGUUAUAAUCUUUAAAUUAGUGUGCUUUUGUGCAAAUAACAUAUGUAAAUGAAUGUUUUUGUCCGUCUAGACACGUUAAUACAACUAGUACAAAGUCAUUAAGAGCAAAUAACCAAAAUAUUUGUUAUCUUGUUAGAAAAUUUUAUUUGUUAUAUAACAAAAAUACAUGUAAAAAAUAUUGUAUUGUUUAAAAUGAUAAUCAAGUUAUUUCAUAGUUUAACCAAUGGUUACCAAUCAUGUUUCAUAUUAGGUAUGGAUCAUAUCACAAUUAUAUAGACCAACAACCAGCAAAUGUAUAAGUAAUUAUUACGUUAAAGUAAUAUUCUUUAGCUGAAAUGUUUGUUAAAUAUGUUUUCUGUAGUAAUAUAUUUUAUAAAAUGUGUUCAAUACAUUUCGUUUCAAGACUGUAAAUUUGGACCAUAACUAGAAUUAUUAAAAUGUAUAUAUUUUAUAUUCUCCUUUAAAAUUCCUUCAACAUUAAAUGUCAUAGUACACUGAAAUGAGGCAAUGUAAAAUAUAUUUGACGAAUGUAAAUACCGAGUGCUAUUUAAAAAUUGCCACUUAGAUGUUUUUUAAAUAAUUUAUAAUUCAUAUAGAUUUGUUCUGUAAAUACAUUUGCUUUAUUUAAUAUUUGUAAAGAUUUUAUGUCCACCAUGUAAUGAGAUAUCUUACUAAAUAAAUUAUUCUACUUGUUUUUAA